GGCGCGCGCAGCCCCUGCCCCGGAAGCGGUCGGCUAGCGGCGCGGCUGGGCGCUAAGAUGGCGGCGGCGUGAAUUGCAUGUUGUGUGAGGAUCCCGGGGCCGCCGCAUCGCUCGGGCCCCACCAUGGCUGUCACCAUCACGCUCAAAACGCUGCAGCAGCAGACCUUUAAGAUCCGCAUGGAGCCUGACGAGACGGUGAAGGUGCUAAAGGAAAAGAUCGAAGCCGAAAAGGGUCGUGAUGCCUUCCCUGUGGCUGGACAGAAACUUAUCUAUGCUGGCAAGAUCCUAAGCGAUGAUGUUCCCAUCAGGGACUAUCGCAUAGAUGAGAAGAACUUUGUGGUUGUCAUGGUGACCAAGGCCAAAAACAGCCCAGGCACCUCAGUACCCCCAGAGGCCUCUUCCACUGCUGCCCCUGAGUCCUCCACAUCCUCCCCGCCGGCCCCUGCCUCAGGCAUGUCCCAUCCCCCACCUACCGUCAGAGAGGACAAGAGCCCAUCGGAGGAAUCAGUCCCCACAACAUCCCCGGAGUCUGUGUCAGGCUCUGUUCCUUCUUCAGGUAGCAGCGGGAGAGAGGAAGACGCAGCCUCCACGCUAGUGACUGGCUCUGAAUAUGAGACGAUGCUGACGGAGAUCAUGUCCAUGGGCUAUGAGCGGGAACGGGUCGUGGCAGCCCUGAGAGCCAGCUACAACAACCCCCACCGAGCCGUGGAGUAUCUCCUCACGGGAAUUCCUGGGAGUCCCGAGCCAGAACACGGUUCUGUCCAGGAGAGCCAGGUAUCUGAGCAGCCGGCCACAGAAGCAGCGGGAGAGAACCCCCUGGAGUUCCUGCGGGACCAGCCCCAGUUCCAGAAUAUGCGGCAGGUGAUUCAGCAGAACCCGGCGCUGCUGCCUGCCCUGCUUCAGCAGCUGGGCCAGGAGAACCCGCAGCUUCUGCAGCAAAUCAGCCGGCACCAGGAGCAGUUCAUCCAGAUGCUGAACGAGCCCCCUGGGGAACUGGCGGACAUCUCUGACGUUGAGGGUGAGGUGGGUGCCAUAGGCGAGGAGGCCCCACAGAUGAACUACAUCCAGGUGACACCACAAGAGAAGGAAGCUAUAGAGAGGUUGAAAGCCUUGGGCUUCCCAGAGAGCCUGGUGAUCCAGGCCUACUUCGCCUGUGAAAAAAAUGAGAACUUGGCUGCCAACUUCCUCCUGAGUCAGAACUUUGAUGACGAGUGAUUGCCAGGAGGCCAGGCCGCCUACUGCCCUCACCCUAUCCCAAAUCCAAAAAAAGUUUUAUAAAAGAAAAAAAUAUAUAUAUAUUCAUGUUUAUUUAAGAAGUGGAAAGUCAAAAACCUUAAGGAAAAAAACACCCCAACUUCCCACCCUCCUGAAGUAGCUCCCAUUCCCAUCCUGGCCUGAGAAGACCUGGGCCAGACAGCUGUCUCCCUAUCCCCCGCCCUAGCCCAGCCUGCUCCAAAGAGCUGGCAGGACUGGAGAUGACAGAUGGGCCCCUCUUGGCCUCUGUCCCAGCUCCCUGCAGCCAGAUGGAGAGGGCUGCCUGCUUCCCUGUCCCCCAAAGAGCCCCAAAGACCUCCCCACCCUUCGAGGGUGAGGGGAAGCUGGAGCCCCCAACUUUUGAUCUUUCAUUGGAAUGGCCCAAAUCUUCCCUUCUGGGGUGAGCGCUGAGAGGCCCAAAGCCCCCUCUGCAAUGUGUCCGUGGCCUUGGCCUCCAGCCUGCAUCCCGUCACUGAGGGGUGGAGGCGGCCAGGCUUCUCCUGUCUGGGGAAGGGGUAACAUCAGCUGCUGUGGAGGUCGAGGCCACCCCCCACCCCAGUACAAAACCGUGUCUCUGAUAAAGAUUUUGAAGUGAAUAAAGUUUUAAAA